CGCUGACUGAGGUUUCUUGAUGUUUUACAGCUGGCACCCGGUGCCGCCUCCUCCUGACUCAUUAGAGGCCCCGCUCAGAUGUCAGAAUGUCACUGGGGCUGUUUCUGCUGCAUUGAAGGCGGGACCCGCACGGUCCAGGCGCAGCUCAUCCUCGGGUUUCCCUCCAGGCAGUUCCGAGAGCGCGGCCGUCGCCGGCGGACGCCACCUCCUCCACUGGCUGCUUCCUUCUCUUAUUAUUAUUUUGUGUCGGGAAGUAAUCCAUGAAGUGCCAACAUGGGAAAGAAACGGAUAAAGGGAAAAAUUGUUCCAGUUGAUGAUUCUUCUGAAUCUUUAGAACCUGUGUGCAGGCACAUUAGAAAAGGACUGGAACAAAGUAUUCUGAAAAAGGCGUUAGUGAAUGUGGAAUGGAAUGUUUGCCAAGACUGUAAGACAGACAAUAAAGUGAAAGACAAACCUGAAGAAGAAACAGGAGAAACCCCUCCCGUUUGGCUGUGUCUUAAGUGUGGCCAUCAGGGCUGCGGCAGGAACUCGCAGGAGCAGCACGCUCUGAAGCACUACCUGACGCCGAGGUCCGAGCCCCACUGCCUGGUGCUCAGCUUGGACAACUGGAGUGUCUGGUGUUACCUAUGUGAUGAUGAGGUCCAGUAUUGCAGUUCAAACCGAUUGGGUCAGGUGGUUGAUUAUGUUAGGAAACAAGCCCGUCUUACAGCUCCAGAAUCAGCAGCAAAAGAUAAUGGUAGCAUUGAACUUGAAAAUAAAAAAUUAGAGAAGGAGAGUAAAAAUGAACAAGAGAGAGAGAAAAAGGAAAACAUGGCUAAAGAAACUUCCAUGAAUUAUACUUCUCAAAUAACUGUGAAAGGACUCAGUAAUUUGGGAAACACGUGUUUCUUCAAUGCAGUUAUGCAGAACUUGUCACAAACACCAGUGCUAAGAGAACUACUGAAAGAAGUAAAAAUGUCUGGAACCAUUGUAACAAUUGAGCCGCCUGACUUGGCACUAACAGAGCCCUUGGAAAUUCACCUUGAGCCUCCGGGCCCUCUUACUUUGGCCAUGAGCCAGUUUCUCAGUGAGAUGCAAGAGACCUCAAAGGGAAUUGUGACGCCUAAGGAACUCUUCUCCCAGGUCUGUAAGAAAGCAGUGCGCUUCAAAGGCUACCAGCAGCAAGACAGCCAGGAGCUGCUCCGGUACUUACUGGACGGGAUGAGAGCAGAAGAACACCAAAGAGUGAGUAAAGGAAUUCUUAAAGCAUUUGGUAAUUCUACUGAAAAAUUGGAUGAAGAACUAAAAAAUAAAGUUAAAGAUUACGAGAAGAAAAAAUCAGUGCCGAGUUUUGUGGACCGCAUCUUCGGUGGGGAGCUCACGAGCACAAUCAUGUGUGACGAGUGCAGAACGGUCUCCUUGGUUCAUGAGUCUUUCCUUGACUUGUCUCUACCAGUUUUAGAUGAUCAGAGUGGUAAGAAAAGUAUAAAUGAUAAAAAUCUGAAAAAGACAAUGGAGAACGAAGAUAAAGACAGCGAGGAAGAAGAUAACGACACUUACAUAAAAGAGAGAAACGAUACCCCGCCAGGAAUAAGCAAGCACUUGCAGAAAAAAGCAAAGAAGCAAGCCAAAAAGCAAGCCAAGAACCAGCGAAGGCAACAAAAAAUUCAAGGAAAAGUUCUUCAUUUAAAUGAUGUCUGUGCCUUGGGCCAUCUUGAAGAUGAUGAAUGUGAGACUGAAAUGUCAGUUGAGGGAGAAGUGGAUAUUAAAUCCGACCAUAUCUCACAAGAGGAAGUUAUAAAUAAAGAAUAUUGUGUUAAUCAGAAUGACUUGAAUGGCCAAGAGAAGAUGAUAGGAAAUGUAACUGACAAUCAAAAAUUCACAGAGGACGUAGAUGUGAAAAGUGUCAGUGUAGAUAACGACCUGGAGGUUUUAUCAUCUUCUCCCACUGACUGUCCCGGGAGUUUGAACGGUGCCUGCCUGGAUGUGGGGGGUGGUGGGGAAGUGGACAUUUCUAGGGGUUUCCAGAACCUGCACUUGGAUGCUGCUCUUCACCCCGAUGACAUCCGUCUGGAGAUUCUGAACGGUAGCCCCGCUCCCGGGACCACACUGUACGAGUGUGUGGGCCAAGAUCCAGAAACUGCCUUCUGUACCCUUGCGAACAGGGAUGCGUCCAGUGCUGACGAGUGCUCCAUCCAGCACUGCUUAUACCAGUUCACCCAGAACGAGAAGCUCCGAGAUGCCAACAAGCUGCUGUGUGAAGUGUGCACCCGGAGACAGUGUGGUGCACCAAAGGCAAACCUGAAAGGUGAAAAGAAACAUGUUUACACCAAUGCCAAAAAGCAGAUGUUGAUAUCUCUCGCUCCUCCUGUUCUCACCCUUCACUUGAAGAGAUUUCAGCAGGCUGGUUUUAACCUACGCAAAAUUAACAAACACAUAAAAUUUCCGGAGAUCUUAGAUUUGGCUCCUUUUUGUACUGCUAAAUGUAAGAACGUGGCUGAAGAAAGCACCAGGGUGCUGUACUCCCUGUACGGAGUCGUGGAGCACAGCGGCACCAUGAGGUCCGGGCACUACACUGCCUACGCCAAGGCGAGAACGGCAAACAGUCGUCUCUCUGACCUUGUUCUCCGCGGGGAUGUCCCCCAAGAUUUUGAAAUGGAAUCAACCAAAGGGCAGUGGUUUCACGUCAGCGACAGCCACGUGCAAGCUGUGCCUACAGCGAAAGUCCUGAACUCACAAGCAUACCUCCUGUUUUAUGAGAGAAUACUCUAAGUUUUUAUAACAGCUGUGAUAAAAAUAAACAAGUGAAGACUAACUAAAUCAUGUUCACGGUAAAUUACGUCACCAGGAGAAAUCACGUGCUGAAAUAUUGAAGGAAACACCUGCAGAUUGACCACGGUUUUGUCCUGUCAUCUGUCGUCAUGGUGUUCCCGCCUGCUCCCAGGUUCUGGAUGGACUCUGAAUCAAGUCCUCUGGUUAACGUGUCUGUGGUGGUUACAGCACAUCAAUAAACUGACUUACCCCAACACUUGUUUUAUUAC